AUACAAGAAUCAAGGACUGCAGAUCACUCCUCACUCACUGUUUCAACUGAGAGAGAGAGAUGAAGGCCUUGGGAGCCUCGUAUUUCAAGCUCUCUCUGAACAAGCAGAGAGACAAGGAGAGAGUGGCUAUAACCCCACAUGAAUUUGGUUUUCAUGUACCUCAAAAGCGUGUCGUUGAUGGGGUUGUCUUGUUCAGGCCAAACUGUGCUGUCUCCAUCUCUUCUCAGACAAAUAUGGGAAGUGAUUCAAGUGAAGAAGCAAUCCAGACAGUAAGCUCUGACCACCCUAAGACGGUUCGUGUGAGGUUCAAACUGCACAAGCAAUGCGCGUUCGGGCAGCAAUUUCUCGUAGUUGGGGAUGAUCCGAAUCUUGGACUAUGGGACCCUUCUGAAGGGGUGCCCUUGAACUGGUCUGAAGGGCAUGUGUGGGCUGCAGAAGUGGAUGUACCUUGUGGAAAAGUGAUCAGUUAUAAGUUUGUGCUUGAGGAAAUGGCUGGAGCCGUGAUGUGGCAGCCUGGUCCGGAUAGAGUUCUUGAAACAUGGGAUACUGGUAAGACGAUAUCCGUGUCUGAGGAUUGGGACAGCCCCGAUUUCCAGAAUGUCGUUGAAGAGGAACCUGUGGCUGUGGAUGAUCUAAAUCAGCCUUCCUUGAUUGAUGAGAAAGCUGAGGAGGAGGGAGUCGAUGGUAAUGUUCCGAGUUUGUUGAGUUCUGAAGAUUUAGGCCGAGAAGUUGUGGAGGAAGGGGAUGAUGUGAUGAGGGAAGAACUUGAUGGUGAUGAGCAUAUGAGUGAUUAUUCGGACGAGCCUGUCAUGCUCUUGGUUGCUGAAAAUAUCACAGAGGAAAAAAAUUCAAGUGCGAGUGAUGGCCUAAUGAGUGUAGCUGGUAAGGAAGAGGAGGAGACGAGGGCAUUGGGGGAUCAUGGUAAGGUGGCGAUGAGUGGAAGUGAUUCGUCUAGUUUGAAAAAUGAGACGAGGGUAGUCAAGGAUGACGAGGUUCCUGUCCUUGUACCGGGCUUAGCUACAUUGCCAGCAGCAGAGGAGGCUGAAGCAGAAGAGGCAGAGGCAGAGACGGAGGCGAGCAGCACUGAUAGAAGCACAACAGAUCUGUCUGAUGAAAUUGAGGAUUCAAUUGAUUCUAACCAGAAAAACAGCAAAACAUUUGAAGAUGCUCCUGCUGAAUCUGAUGGAAUCGAGGAUUCGGCUGAUCUAAACCCGAGAAACGACAGUGUUGUUGAGGACACUACUACGGCUGCUGCAGCCAUCGAGCCAGAGAUACGCGUCUCAACAGAGAAGCCGGGGCGGCUCAACAGAGAAAAGCAGAUAUUGGACAAUGAUGUGCAAUGGGGAAGAAGAGCUCUUCAUAAAUUUCUUGCUAAUCUUGGAUUCAUGCAGCAUAGUUAAGGUUGUGUAGCUAGCAUACUUUUGUUGAUGUAUUGAUAUGAAUAAACUUAAAAAGUGUUACCACUUUUGUCUUUGUUUUAUGGGGUUUAGAUAUGUGAUAAUGUUGUGUA